AUUCGUUUGUGUUAUCAUCAUGCCUGAACCAGCCAAGUCUGCUCCUAAGAAAGGCUCCAAGAAGGCCGUCACUAAGACCGCCGCCGGUAAAGGAGGAAAGAAGCGCAGAAAGACCAGGAAGGAGAGCUAUGCUAUCUACGUGUACAAAGUACUGAAGCAGGUUCAUCCCGACACCGGGAUCUCUUCUAAGGCGAUGGGGAUCAUGAACUCUUUCGUCAACGACAUCUUCGAGCGCAUCGCCGGUGAAGCGUCUCGUCUCGCUCACUACAACAAGCGCUCCACCAUCACCUCGAGAGAGAUCCAGACCGCCGUGCGUCUGCUGCUGCCCGGAGAACUGGCCAAACACGCCGUGUCUGAGGGAACCAAGGCUGUCACCAAGUACACCAGCUCCAAGUAGAGAUCCGCUCCAGCUCUACGAAACCCAAAGGCUCUUUUAAGAGCCACCCACCUUAUCACUUAAAGAGCACCUAAAACGAUCCUAUGAAGCAGUUUUGUAUUACAAGAAAGUCUCAUGAGUCCACUGCCUUUUCAAAUAUUAACCCUUUUUUUUGUUUUCCUCACGAUUCCAUCCACGCUUUCAAUUAGUCAAUUACAUGACCUAAUUGUUAAGGAAUUACAAAAAAAAAAUAAAUGGUUGCAUUAGAAAA